CGUCAGGAAACAAAAGCAAAGCAAAGCGAAGCAGCACACCCACCAGACUCUGCCUAUUACUACUAUUGCCUGCCUUGUCUGAUUUGUAUGUAAUUCCAUUCCCAUUCCCACACACCUACCAAAAAAUCUCGCCCAUGUUACCAGCUAACUGUAGGCUGUAGCUAUUUCCACCGCUGAGAAAAACAUUGCAGACUGACUCGACUCGUCUAUAAUGCUAAAAGCUAUUCAGAUUCUCGGUUCAUCUUCCUCGUCCUCGUCCUCUGGCUGCUGUUUUUCCCUCCCCAAUCGACUCAGGAACCCUCAUCCCAAUCUUCUCAUAAUUUCUCGAAAGCCAAUUGAACCCGCAGUUCCCGACUCGGGUUAUCGGGAUUCGGAUUCUUCCAAACCACAUUCCGCGUCUGCGGCUCCUCCACUUCGCAAGGGUUGCUUCUUCAGAGCUUGCCGAAUGUCCCACUCCCGCAAUCACUCUGGGGCUUCUCCUUCUUCCCCGUCCGCCACCUCUGUUGCGAUUCACACCUCCGGCAGUAGUAAGAAAAUAAACUUCUGCCAGUGGUGUGGAGGCCCAACAAAGCAUGAGAUUCCCGAUGGGGAGGAAAAGAGAAGAGCUAUUUGCACCCAGUGUGGGAAAAUAGCUUAUGAGAAUCCAAAAAUGGUGGUGGGUUGCCUCAUCGAGCACGAAGACAAGAUAUUGUUAUGUAAAAGGAAGAUCCAGCCGUCAUAUGGCCUCUGGACACUUCCUGCUGGAUACAUGGAGAUUGGGGAAUCUGCUGCUGAAGGGGCAAGUCGGGAGACGUGGGAGGAGGCAAAUGCAGAGGUGGAAGUGCUGUCACCAUUCGCUCAGCUGGACAUCCCUCUGAUUGGCCAGACUUACGUCAUUUUCCUGGCAAAGUUGAAGAGGCCUCAUUUUUCGCCAGGUCCAGAAUCCUCAGAAUGCCGGCUAUUUGCAAUGGAGGAUAUUCCAUUCGAUUCUUUGGCAUUCUCGUCAAUGCUAGUCACCUUGAAACUGUACAUUGAAGAUAAAAAGCUGGGAUUGGGAAGACCCAAGUUUCACUACGGCAUCAUCAACAAGAGGCCGGGAACGAGCCCUUCGGAGAUCCACGCCUACACUCUCGAUCACCAUAUGAGGUGUUGAAUCCUUGUAGCUUCCUCUGCUUCAAUGGAGCGUAGAACGAACAAGAUUUUGUGUAAUAUUGAUGACGGAUACCAUGAAAAUGACAAUGACAAUGACAAUGACAAUGAUGUUGUGUGUUUUGUGCUUUGUGUUUUCUAUAUGUGCAAUUAUUUAAUUCAAA